AUGGCCGCUGCCGUAGCGAUCCCUCCGCCAUUGGCGCCUCGACCUCUUCCCCGGGUCCUCGCCGCCUGGACCCAUCCUCCUCUGGGUCUCGAAGGCCAACAGACCUCUCCCGCCCUCAAGCAACUGCACUCGCACCCGACGACGACCUUCAGCCGUGCCCGCCGUGAGAGACCCUGUGACGGCUGCCGCCGACGCAAAAGUAAAUGUGUCCUGCAGGAGUCGCGCUGCUGCGUGCUGUGUGAAUUCCAUAAGCAACCCUGUACGUUCGUCGAGAGCGCCCAACCGCGCAAACGCAAGGCCGAGGGGUGUUCCCGAUCCGAAGCCCCGCCGAAGCGAAGCUCUCGCGUCAGUAGCCGACCGCCGACCGCCACGCCCGAGCCGGCAACGAAGACUGCCGAAGCCACCCUCAGAUCUCCGGCACCGACCCUGAUGCACCCCUCGCCUCGCCCCAGGGCAGAUUCUAUAGUCGUUGACAGUCUCGGUCUACGUCCACACCAUCACAGCCGCUACCUCGGCCCCACCACCGCGCUCGACGCCUCACUGAUUGGUCUGACGGCGGCGGACGACCGCCACGAAUUCCGGACGUCGAUGGGCACGCUACGCUCGGUCACGGAAGGAGACUACUUCCUCACCGCCGCCGACUCCGAUGUGCGCGUUCCUGACGAUGAAGUUCGUGCUCUGGCAGAGGUCGAGGAGACCGUCGGGCCGCAUGGACCUGCGCUCGUCGAGAUCUUCUUCCGUAUUGUACAUCCGAGCUAUCCCAUCGUUCGAAAGCAGGCCUUCCUCCAACGACAUCGAUCGGGCGAGGAGAGAAUCGGUCCUGCCCUACUCGCCGCCAUCUAUCUCCUCGCGCUAGGCUGGUGGGAUCAAGAGCCAGCCGUAUCAAAUCAACCCAAACCAGACGUCCCACGACUCGAGUAUCUGGCCAUCACCACAUUGACCACCGCGAUCCAACGGCCGAAGCUCUCUGCGAUCCAAGCGGGACUGCUGUUGUUACAACGAGCCAAAUCAAAUACCUGGACCCUGAGCGUGCAGCUCGUCGCGCUCGGCCAGGACCUUGGCCUCCACCUGGACUGCUCGAGUUGGUCGAUCCCACCCUGGGAGCGAAAUCUCCGGAAACGGCUGGCCUGGGCCCUCUACAUGCAAGACAAGUGGAGCGCCGUCAUGCACGGCCGACCCUCCCACAUCAACGCCGCGGACUGGAACGUCGCCGCCCUGACCACCGACGACUUCGAAGCCGAAGAGACCGGCGACCCCUUACUCACGCCCCGCGAGGACGAGGCGCCCGAGUACAACCAACUCGACCACGGCCGCACCUGCUUCAUGCAACUGAUCGGGCUCACCGGCAUCAUGGCCGAGGUCUGCGAGACCUUCUACAGCGCCAGGGCCAAAGCCGAAGACGCCCGAGCCGGCGCCUCCGCCAGCCAGCUGGUCCUCAACCGCGCCAAACCCGUGCAGAUCAAGCUGAAGGACUGGUUCGCCAAGCUCCCGGCCGAAUGCAAAAUGGACCACAACACCACCCUCACCGGCGGCGAAACCUCGCCCGCCUUCUCCCAGCAAGGCCACCUCCACCUCGCCUACUUCGCCACGGAGAUCAGCAUCCACCGGCGCAUCGUGCAAGCCCUCUCCACCAGCACCACCACCACCACCACCACCACGACCCCGGCCUACAUGCUCUUCAUCUGCCGCAGCGCGGCCAAGACCCGGCUGAUCUCCGCGCUGGACUUCGUCAACCGGCUGCGGCCGGCGCACCUGCGGGCCUUCUGGUUCUUCGCCGCGCCCUUCCACUUCGCGCUGAUCGGGACCUUCGGCGCGCUGCUGCAGGCGACGAGCCCGGCGCAGGAGGAGGCCGACUUCUACGCCUGCCGCCUGAACGAGUUCCGCUGGACCCUCGCCGUCAGCGCCCGCCAGGCCCCCUGGAUCGCCGGCGCGCUGGACGCCCUCGAGGUCAACAAGGAGCUGUUGAGGGGCCUGCCGGAGAAAUCCCCGGCCGAGAGGCUGAUCCUCGAGGAAGAUGUCGAUGGGGAGGAAGAUGAGGAGGACGAAGAGGAGUGGGAACAGUGAGCCUUUGUUUUCUAUGUUUGAAGGGAAGAUCGUUGGGGAUGUGGGUGGAUGUGAGGGCGCACAUUUUAUUUCCCUUUUUCUUGGAGAUUUUGGGCAUUGAUUUGCAUGGGAUAGAUGUAAGGGAUACCCUCAUGAUGAGACGAGCAAAGAAACGUGCACAGACGACAUCCAGCUCAGAGAAGCUUAUGAAUUGCACGCUAGGAGACGUGGAAAUACAUGGUUUUCGUAUUUGCAUCAUUUCAUUUCAUUUCAUUUCAUUCCAUCUCAUUUCUCGCCUGUGGACUUCCGAGUUAUACCCCUAGUCGCAUCAUUGGAGAUAUCAUCAAAGAAGAGAUCCCUUGGAGAUCCGAACCUAGAAGCUGACGCGCGAGACGUGGCCGUAGAAAGCCUUGCCCUGCUCGCGCGCGAUCUCGAGCUCGAGAGGCGAAGGCUGGCGGGAGCCGUCACCACCAGCGAAGGUUCCGGC